UGCCCGUUGUCAUGAUGCUUCGUCGUCAUGGCGCUUUGUUCUUCACUUCGUUUUCUUUUUCUUUCUUAUUUUCAUGCAUCCCAAAUGGCACCCAAAUCCCUAUACAGCACACUACUUCUGACCAGAGCCCAUCGAAAGAAGAGCACUACAAAGGGAAUAGGGUGCCAUGUAGGCUGCAUCCCCUGUCUACAAAGAUGAAUUUGAUUUGUUUAUUAUUUCACAGAGAGGAUAAGGGAAAAUGAGAUGUCUUUGAUGUUGGGGGGGAACUCAGUUCAGGGGAAGGUUAGUGAGAGGAACAACUCAGUUGUCAUCUCAACAAGCCACUUUUAAACUGGACGUUGGCCUUAUAAACUAGCGUUAUACUGUAGACUGUUAUUGCAGACCAUUAUAGUAGUAGUAGUAAUGUGUGUUGACAGCCCUCAGGUCAGCGGUGUUUGGUAGAAAGAUGGCACAACAUGUCAGAUGAUGAGGUGUGUAGUCUUUAACCAUAUCCUACAUGCUUCCAUACAUAUAGACCACCAUUUACCUCACAAUUCAGAAAACCAUUACAGAACAUUUACUAAAUGGGCAGACUUGGAUAAAUUACCACUUGAAAACCUAACAAACCUACCCUUUUGCUUUUUAUUUCAGUUGAUGUGCCUGUGAAUACAAUACUGAAGAUACAAGGCUCGAGUUAGAUUGGACACGUUCUAAGAAAGAGUACAGAUGCAACUGGGGGAAGCCCAAGACAACAUGGAGGAGAACAAUGAAGUCUGAUCUCCAACUACAUCAGCAAAGCUGGAGCACGGUGGAGAAGGUGGGCAGAGACCAACAGAGGUGGAGCACGGUGGAGAAGGUGGGCAGAGACCAACAGAGGUGGAGCACGGUGGAGAAGGUGGGCGGAGACCAACAGAGGUGGAGCACGGUGGAGAAGGUGGGCAGAGACCAACAGAGGUGGAGCACGGUGGAGAAGGUGGGCAGAGACCAACAGAGGUGGAGCACGGUGGAGAAGGUGGGCAGAGACCAACAGAGGUGGAGCACGGUGGAGAAGGUGGGCAGAGACCAACAGAGGUGGAGCACGGUGGAGAAGGUGGGUAGAGACCAACAGAGGUGGAGCACGGUGGAGAAGGUGGGCAGAGACCAACAGAGGUGGAGCACGGUGGAGAAGGUGGGCAGAGACCAACAGAGGUGGAGCACGGUGGAGAAGGUGGGCAGAGACCAACAGAGGUGGAGCACGGUGGAGAAGGUGGGUAGAGACCAACAGAGGUGGAGCACGGUGGAGAAGGUGGGCAGAGACCAACAGAGGUGGAGCACGGUGGAGAAGGUGGGCAGAGACCAACAGAGGUGGAGCACGGUGGAGAAGGUGGGCAGAGACCAACAGAGGUGGAGCACGGUGGAGAAGGUGGGCAGAGACCAACAGAGGUGGAGCACGGUGGAGAAGGUGGGCAGAGACCAACAGAGGUGGAGCACGGUGGAGAAGGUGGGCGGAGACCAACAGAGCUGGAGAGCCUUUGUUGCUGCCAGCUGGAACCACAGGGAUGGCUGAGUGAGUGAGCCUGAAACCCAUGAUCAACAACACAAUAACUUACUGUACAUUGGCAUGAACAGUUACUUACAUUUCAUCCACUCCUUUCAAACAGUUGCCAGAGAGAGAUAAUGGUUGCUAAGUUAUCUGUUUAAACGUGGUACUCAUGGGAGUUUGCAG